UACACCCAGAUUUGAUGUAUCUUUACCAAAAAUGAAGCUCCCAGAAGGUGAAAUCAAACUGGACGGACUGGAUGAAAAAGGCAAAAUACAUGUGCCUACCAUUGACAUCUCUCUUCCCAAAGGGAAGACUGAAGUAGAUCUUGAGGUUGAAAGGCAUGGUGGCAAAGUGGGCAAGUUCCACAUGCCCUCAGUUGAUAUUUCUCUUGCAAAAAUGAAGUUAUCUGAGCAUGAAGGCAAGGUAGAAGACCCAGGAGCCAAAGGUGAAAUGAAAAAAAUAUAUAUUUCACUUCCAAAAGGAAAAUCAGAGGGAGAAAUUGACAUUAAAGGAUCUUUAGGGAAAGGAGGAAAAAUGUAUAUGCCUACAUUUGAUGUGUCCCCGCCAAAGAUAAAGCAGCCAGAGUAUGAGCUCACAGUAGAAGGCCCUGUAGUGAAAGGGGGAAAGAAUGAAAUGCCAAAAAUUGAAGCAGAAUCUAGGAUUUCAUCCAAGUUGCCAACUGUUAAAUUGCCAACAGUAGACAUAUCAGCACCAAAAGUUGACCUAGAUUUCGGAAUUUCAAAAGGAAAUGAUAGGGAAGAGAUGGAGCUACUAAAAGCAGAAGGUGGAAGGCCCUCCUCUGGCACAAGUUUUGACAUGCCAGAUGUGUCUCUCAAAAUGCCUAAAUUUUCUCUUCCGAAAUUUGGUGGAAAGUCUAAAUCUAGUAGAGAUCUAAAGACAGAAGCCAGUACCCCAGAUUUCGAUAUUCAUAUUAGUUCCCCACAAGUGGAUGGUGAAGGCAGACUAACAUCAGUGGAAUUAGGUGGAGAUGGGAAGACAAAAGGUAAAAAUAAAAAGCCCAAAAUGAAAAUGCCAACUUUUGGAAUAUUUAAGAAAGAUGCUGAUAUAUCAAUAGCCGGGCCUGAUAUGGAAAUCAAGACAAAAAAAGAGGAAAUAGACAUUCCAAAGCCAGAGAUCGGUAUAGAAAACCAUGAGGAAAAAGGAAAAUAUAGACUAAAAUUCCCUAAGUUUAAAAAGGCCUCUCCUAAAGCUACUCUACCAGAAGGAGAGCUAGUUGCCUCAUUGGAUAGUGGAAUGGAAGGGAAAGCUGGCUUUCAUGCACCCGGUGUCACAAUUAAAAAGUUCUCCAUGCCAGGGUCUGGUGAACCAGAUGCCAAAUUAAAGGUCAAAAUACCAUCAGUGGAGUUAUACUUGCCUGCUGCCAAAACAUCUGAGCAAGAAGUGUUACUCCCAAAGGCUGAAGUGGAUGUGUCUGAGGCUGAUAUCAGAGGUUAUGAAGGGAGCCUAAAAAUCCCUAAAAUGCCAACUAUUGACAUAUCAGCACCCAAAAUUGAUCUUGAUGUAACUCUUCCUAAAGUAAAGCAUGAAACAAAAAUAGCUGAAGGGGGUGGGACAUUUAAGAUGCCAAAUAUCCAAAUGCCCGACAUAGAUUUAUCACAUCCUAAAUCUAAAGGAAAAAGUGACAUUCAUGUAUCAGAAAUAGAGGGAGUUGGUGGAAAAUUCAAGAUGUCUGGCAUGAAAAUGCCAAAGGUAGAGAUAUCACUUCCAAAAGGAAAACAUGGAGCAAUGGAUGUAGAUAAAGGAGAACAUUUUAAGAUGCCGCAUAUGAAAAUGCCAAAUAUUGAUAUAUCACCCAUAGUAAAAGUUGGAGAGAUUGAAGGACCAGAAAAAGAAAUUCAUGGUGGGGCUGAAAAAGUCACGAUGCCCCAUGAGGAAAUUCCAAAUAUUGAUUUAUCACUUCCCAAAGGAAAAGGUGGAGAGAUUGAAAGACCAGACAUAGAAAUUGAAGGUGGGGGUGGAAGAUUCAAGAUACCACAUAUGAAAAUGCCAAAUAUUGAAAUAUCACUUCCUAAAGGAAAAAGUGGGAAGACUGAUGGGCCAGUCAUUGAAAACAAAGCAGAGAGUGGACAAUCACAAGACAUAAAUUUACCAGAAACUGAAAUAGGAGGAGGAGCAAAAUUCAAGAUGCCACAUAUGAAAAUGCCAAAUAUUGAUAUAUCACUUCCCAAAGGAAAGGUUGGAGAGAUUGAAGGACCUGACAUAGAAAUUGAAGGCGGGGGUGGAAAAUUCAAGAUGCCACACAUGAAAAUGCCAAAUGUAGACUUAUCCCUUCCGAUAGGAAAAUCUGGAGAAAUCAGUGCACCAGAAAUGGAAAUCAAAGGAGAAAAAUACAAGAUGCCACAUAUGAAAAUGCCAAAUGUUGACAUAUCACUUCCCAAAGGAAAAAGUGGAGAGAUUGAAAAGCCAGAGAUGGAAAUUGAAGCAGGGGGAGGAAAGUUUAAAAUGCCACACAUGAAAAUGCCGGAUGUUGAGAUCUCACUUCCAAAAGGAAAGACACCAGACAUCAGUUUAACAGAAACUGAAAUGGAAGGAGGAGAAGCAAAAUUCAAGAUGCCACAUAUGAAAAUGCCAAAUAUUGAUAUAUCACUUCCCAAAGGAAAGGUUGGAGAGAUUGAAGGACCUGACAUAGAAAUUGAAGGCGGGGGUGGAAAAUUCAAAAUGCCACACAUGAAAAUGCCAAAUGUAGACUUAUCCCUUCCGAAAGGAAAGUCUGGAGAAAUCAAUGUACCAGAAAUGGAAAUCAAAGGAGAAAAAUACAAGAUGCCACAUAUGAAAAUGCCAAAUGUCGAUAUCUCACUUCCAAAAGGAAAAAGUGGAGAGAUUGAAAAUCCAGAGAUGGAAAUUGAAGCAGUGGGAGGAAAGUUUAAAAUGCCACACAUGAAAAUGCCGGAUGUUGAUAUCUCACUUCCAAAGGGAAAGACACCAGACAUCUGUUUAACAGAAACUGAAAUGGAAGGAGGAGGAGCAAAAUUCAAGAUGCCACAUAUGAAAAUGCCAAAUAUUGAUAUAUCACUUCCCAAAGGAAAAGUUGGAGGGAUUGAAGGACCUGACAUAGAUAUUGAAGGGGCGGGCGGUAAAUUCCAAAUGCCACAUAUGAAUAUGCCAAAUGUUGAAAUCUCACUUCCAAAGGGAAAGUCACAUGACAUUAAUUUACCUGAAACUGAAGUAAAAGGAGGAAAAUUCAAGAUGUCACAUACGAAAAACGAAAAUAUUGAUUUAUCAUCUCCCAAAGGAAAAACUGGAGGAUUUGUAGAACCAGAAGUGGAAAUUCAGGCAGAGGGAGGGAAAAUCAAAAUGCCAGGUAUUAAAAUGCCAAAGGUAGACUUAUCACUUUCAAAGGGAAAGUCAGGAUAUAUCAGUGCACCAGCAAUGGAAAUGGACAUUAAAGGAGGAACAUUAAAGAUGCCCAAUGUUGACAUAACAUUACCAAAAGGCAAAUCUGGAGACAUUAAUGUACCACAUAUGGAAAUUAAAGGUCAGGAUGGAAGACACAAUAUGCCAGAAAUCAAACUACCAAAAAUGGAUAUUAAAAUGGCUAAGAUAACGCCUGGUGAUGUUGAUGUGGAAAUCAAACAGCCCAGUGCUGAGGCAGAAGGAAAUAUUAAAAUGCCCUCAAUUGACAUGGACAUGAAAGUUGGGACCCCAGAAAAUGGAGCUGACAAAACUGGUUCACAUGCGGAGGAAGACAAUAAGAUUAAAAUAGCAAUGCCAAAAAUAGACGUGGAGUGCCCUAAGGUAGAUCUGGAGCUGGAUUUAGGCUUCCAAAAAGCUAUGAAGGAUAGAAAAAGAAUUGAGUUACCUGAUUUAGACCUUAUCACUGGUACCAAAGUUAAGGGGCCAAAGGUCAAAGGCAACAAAUUCAAAGUUGGAAUACCAAAAAUGAAGAGCACUGGAGAUCAUGCAGUAGAUGUUGCCACAAACAAAACUGGUAAAGAGAUUCAAGGGGCCAGUGGUCAGUUUAAGAUUAAGAAGACAAAGCUUGGCGAAGGUGUAGAUGUGGGGGCAGGUGGUUCUGUGGUGCCAAAUAUCUCCCUACCGGAUGUAGGCUUGUCAGUGUCUAAAGGAGACAGCCAAGAGGGGAAACUUGGUCCAGGGAUUAGUGCUGAAUUGCCUAAUUUGAAACUACCAAAUUUAGAAAUCUCAGGAACAGGCCAUGAAGGAGCACAAAGCAAGGUUGGAGAACAAGAAGAAAAUGAUUCCGUCAAGCUUCAAAUGCCAAAGAUCGCUUUACCCUCUGUGGACAUAAAGAGCAAACAAGGCUCUGCCGAGACCACUGGCACAGAUACCAGCGGAGAGAAUGGACCUAAUCUUGGAAUCAAAGUCCCUAAAAUACCUGAUACAGAGUUUGACACUGGAUCUGAUGACCAUGGGACCGACACAAGCACAAGACAAAAAAUAAAAAUACCCAAGUUUGGGGUGGCUUUGCCGGCAAUGUCUUCACCUAAUGCUAGAGUUGAUGUGAAGCACCCAGAGGUUGAGUAUGAAGGUCCAAAAAUGCCAAAUGUUAAAAAAGCUGUAUUUGUUUUAGUUAAUCCACAAACAGAACACUCUGAUAUGUCAACAACCUUAGCAGAGGUGGAAGUAGGUGUAGAGUCUGGAGGGGCCGCCAUUGAAAGACCAAAGAUCAAAAUGAAGCCAUCUUUUGGAAAGUCAAGAUCCAAGGUAAAGGGUGGCACUAUGGAAACUGAGGGAAAUCUAGAUGGACAUAAGUCAAAGGGAGCAAAGCUAAAAAUACCAAAAGUUACAUUCUCUCCAGGGAAAAACAGUUCAUUUGACAUAAAAGGUGAGGGGUCUAGUUCUAGCCUCAAUGGGGAGAAAGAUCCAACCUUUCAGAAUGGAUCGAAGGAAGAUAAAGCUAAGUCUGGGAAGCUCAAACUGCCAAAAAUAGAGUUCUCCUCACCAUAUUCAAAAACAGGCAGUGGAGAAGACGACCUUGAAAUGAACGCUAAGCUUGUCAAAGAAUCCUCAGGACCUGAUGGAGAAACCAAGAGACCGAAAGGGAAAUCAGGCAAAAUAUCCUUCCCGGGAUUUAAGAAGAAAACAUCAAAGGGAGAGGAGGAAAGUCAAGGCAAUGUGGUGUCUUCAUCGGCCAGGACUGAAAUGCUAGACAGAGAUAGUUCAGAAUCACCAACACCUAUGGCCUCCAUGAGCUUUGUAUCAGGGAAUUCUAGGGGGCAGGUAGAGGCUGAGAGCAGCAAGCAACAGACUGAAGGAGGACUGCAGUCAACCUGGUUCAAGGCCCCGAAAUUCAACCUGAAACCCCACUCAACAGGAAUCCUCCACAUCACACCAGAAGGUUCUCCCCGGGGCAGCAUAUCCUCACUACAGGGUCUAGAUGAAAUGUCUGGUACCUUCCGGCUCCAGAUGCCGAGCAUGGGGUUCUCUACGCAGGAGGUGUCUGAGGAACAUGUCACCACAACAAAGGAGGGAACAGUAACCGUGGUCACAAAGACAACAAAGCAUACAGUAACAGAGUCCAGAACUGAUCAAACUCACACAUCGCUAUCUGACUGCAAUUACUGAAGUUUGAAGAGAUGACAGAGUAAUAUAUUUCCCAAUUUCUCAUUUUACUUGUGACCACUGUUUUUGUAACUGAUCCCCCUUAUGUUUUAGUUUUUAUCUUCUUUGAGAACUGGUUUCAGUGUGAAUGUAAACAUCAAUGUUAAUUCAUUAUUUAUUGUUGUUAAGUUUUUUUUGCUAAACAAAUGCCACACAUUUUUAUUUCUCAAAGGAAGAUUUAAUUUGUUAUACCUUUAAUUCAAUGAAAUUUACUUGAGCAUGAUUGUAGAAUUAGACUGACAAGGAACACAAACCAAUUUGCCAAAAGCAAUUUGUAUGUAAAUAAGUUGAUAUUUUGACUGCUUACAGCAGCAAACUUUAAUAAAACAUGUAAUUAUUUUAAUAUUACCAGAACAGGAAUAAGUAUAUUAGUGAUUUGUGUAGAUGUAUUAAUGUAUUUGAAGCUUGAGGAUGGUGUGAGAUUUAUAGUUUUUCAUUAACUUUGUUCAGCUUGUUUUUUUAUAUAUAUAUAUAUAUAUAUAUUAAGAUUAUUUUUCAUUAUACCACACACUGUAUGAAAAUCAAUUAGGCAAACCUAAAACAAUCAGAAACUGUCAUUUGAUAAUAAGCCAUGGUUUCAAGAAACAGAACAUGUCUUCUCUUAAAUUGAAAUAGCAAAACCUUUUGGAAAAAAGGAUAUUAUAAUUUUUUUUUGUUAGAAAGUACUAGCAAAUGCGUGUGCUUAUCUGCAUGGGAAGAGUCUCAGCAAUUCUGUCAAAUAAGUUUACAAAGUUUUCAUUAACCAUAAUUAACAGCUGUUGGAAAUCAACCUCAGUGGGGUUAGAUAAGCCUGCAAACAUCUAGCCUUCAGGGAUGCAGUAUCUUCAAUCUAGCUUACUUUACUCCUGAAAACUGAUGUUGAUCCCCGCUCAGGCUUUUCUUUUACACUCACUACUUUAGGUAAAAAAAAA